AUGACAUCCUUCCUGAAAAAGUUGCAGCUCCUAAAGAAGAGGGACAACAGUGAUUCCAAUCCAGAGGUCAAUCAUGGCCAGGGCGGGUGGGAUAACCAGGAAGCCCAUUUCUCGGGCUUCCAGCCACCCGCUUCCAAUAGCCCAGCCACUCAGCGGACCUCACAGCUGUUGCCGCUGCUGAUGAAGCCUUCUCAAGCUCCUGCGGAGAUUAAGAAGAAGGUUCAGCCUCAGACGGUGGCGCUCCCCGAUUUGGUACAGAGACAAACCACCAAGAGUCCUACGGUGGCCGCUCGGAUUGACAACAAGCAAGGCACCAAAGAACCAACCAGCUUGCCAAGGCUGUUUGAGCGGGAAAGGGCUCAGAAGGGCAGCACCCCCCAGGGGAAAAAGCGGACUCCAGACAUGCCUUUAUAUCCAGAGCUCUCCGACGAACGUUUUAGAACUUUGUGGGACAGCAAGAGGCCGCUUAGAGGGAGAUCCAUCAAAGAAAUCCUGGAUAUGAUGGAUGAGAGAGAAAUACUGGACACCAUUCUGGAACAGCUCCGCCCUCCUUUCCAGCAGGCUUCUACAGACUCAAAACAGCCCAAGAGAAAAUUAAAUUCAGUGUCGACAGAUGGUUCUCCCACAAUUCAGAAACCUGUAGCGCAACCAAGGACUUCCCAUCCCUUGUCUCUAGAGAAGAUUCGCCUUUACAAAUACUAUGGGGUGAAACUGCGGAAUUCAAGGCACAAAGACGUCGUCAGCGAGUAUCUGCAUAUGCUUCUGAAUUUGUCGGCUCAAGAAGAAACAGACAGAGAAGGAAUCUCUGAAGCAAUUGGAGUGGUUGCAUUUUGCCACCUCUCAGAGAUCCUGGUGGCCCUGAGAGAUUUUGGUCACUUCAUGCAAGCAAAGAAGUCCUCGCUGGUAGAAGCUAUGCCUGAGGAAUCAUGGAAUCUCUCCGAGAGACAAACUCGCACGAACUUGAUACUGUGCUACGGGCAAGCAGCCAUGGGUGCCCAACCAGAAGACAUGCUGUCUUUAAUUGAUUACAUUGUGUCCGAGAUCCUCUUCCAGUUUACUACUACGAACAAGGAUGAAGCCAUGAAGAAAGCUUUCCUGAGGGCCGUGAUCAUGAUCAGCAAAGCCCUUCUACAUAGCAAGAGGCAGGACAUCAACAUUCCCCAUAAAGCCGAACUGGUUGUCUGCAUUAUUGACGUGAUUGAAGAUGAGCCAGUGGGAUCGUUCUCCGUCAUGGUCCUCCAUCAAGCGAUCAUCACAGUCACCUGCAUGUCCAAUUUGAAGCCCCUGCUGGACUCAGCUGUGAGGUCCAAGCUGGUGAACAAAAGUAUCCAGAAGGUGUUUUCUCUGCCAGCUCUGAAGAUGACAAAAGUGAAAGCAGGUAGCCCAACUCAACUAGCCCAAACUCAGGAUUUUUAUCAACAGACAGUUACCGCCUGCAACAGUAUGCUCACCAGCUUGCUCUCGGAGGCCCCCAAUCUGGAGUCAUUGCAGGAUAUCUUGAUACACACCAAUACCUGGAUUGACUCCCCCAAGAAUUACGAGAGAGAAAGGGCAAUUAAGAGCACCAGCCACCUCCUGAAGUUUGUCUCUCAACACUUAGAUUUCGAUACCACUGCUGAGUUUUUCCUGCUGGGCCAGCUGGUGGGUUCGCUGGCCCUUCACAUCGCUGACAGCAUCAAAGAGAUCGGCCAGAUAGCCGCCGAGGCAACCUAUCACCUCCAUUACAUCAUCAUGAGCAAAAUGGCUAAAGAGAUGGAGAAGAAGCGCAAGAAUAAGAAGGGGAAUAUUGUGAAAUGGCUCCGGGAAGAUUUCUUCAUUUCGGGUCCAACCAUCUUUUACAACAACAUCUCCAAAGUAGCUAAGGCCUUUGGUGAGCAUCUCUCCCCCUCGCAGAUCACAGAGCUGGUCCUGAAAGCAAUCAGGUCGCUCGUGCAUGAAGACAAGAACAUUUCUCAGGCUGCAGGACUGCUCCUCAGCUCCUUCCUGGAGGAAUGCGGGAUGGACUUGGAGGAACUGCCCAUGAUUGUCAAGGAAAUUUACAAUCAUCUCCCCAAGGUUACUAACCCUGCCACCAGAGAAGAAAUGCUGAAGUCGGUGUGUCACCUGGCCUCGAAACGUCUGAACGGAGUGGUAGACAUUCUCCUGGAGUGCUCGGUGGAGUGUGAUGAAAGUGCAUCGGAGCUAUGGAGGGCGCUGGUUGCAGACCCCUAUUCCAACAUCAAGAUCAUGAGACCGCUCCUGAAGAGACUGCAGGACGAAGACCCCGUUUUGGAAGCCAGCUCAAGGCGAAACAGCAAGUCGGUCAUGCCAAUCGCGGCCACCCAUGCGCUGUGCUUCAUCCUCUCCUUGCCUGACGCUUCUGAUUCUCUCCAGAACAAAUUCCCCAACCUCCUAAUUGCACUGGUCACGCAAAUCUAUUUUGUGAUCGGGACAGGGAAGCGGGGAUCCAAGAGAGCAAGUGCAAUCUCGGAAAACUCGGAACAACCCAACGCACUGAGAACUGCCGUGCAAGCUCUAAAGAACCUGAUUGUGUGUGCCGGCUAUACCAGGGAAUAUAAUAUUUUGGAUACAAUAGGCUGCUGGGACAUGCUGUCAUCUCCAGAUACUUAUUUUGAUGGCAUUCUUCACCUGAUCAGGACCUUGUUUAUGUUGUCCAAAGUGCACCUCAAGAUGAUGUUCAAACAGGCCAACACGUACUUGCGCCGUCUUGAUCCAAAAGAGAGGACCAUUGGGAUGGCGUUCUUCACUGAGCUUCUUUAUCACCAUGAGACAGGACUCUUCUUCAUGAAGCAAGACAUCCUGGAUGUUCUCCAGGAAUGGAUGAUGCAGCCUUAUCCCCUUAUGCAAGUACUCAGCAUUAAAGGUCUGGGUUACCUCCUGCAGCAGCCCCUUGAGAAUGAGAUUUUAGAGCCUGUUUUUAUUCCCCUGAUAAACUGUGCUAGCGAACCAGACAGGGGAAUUGCUAAAGAGUCUAUCAAGGCACUCCAGUACAUGUUCCGACACCUGGAAGUUGAGCUCUACGGGUUCAAGGCAACUGGUCUUAUCCCGCACCUCUCGAAAUAUUUCAGUGAUGAAGAUUAUGAGCUGCGAUAUUUCUCCAUCAACCUUUUUGGGAUACUCUUGAAAGGGGUGAAGGAGAUACACAGAAGCACUGUGACAGAAGACGUCCUCCAAAGUCUUGUUCCUCUCUUUAUCCAGCUCACAGAUGAUUUGACCAGAGAAAUCGCCAAGGACACGCUCAACUCCUGUGCCUCCUACAUGAACUGGGUAGACAUGCCCAGCACCUUGUUUGAUUAUGAAACAUAUGCCAGUCUCAACAACAUGUACUUAAACAUCUGCCAGUUCAUUGUAUCCAAACACAAGGAAAAGUUUCACAAAAUGCUAGUUCAGAUGCUGAAUUAUCUGAAGAGCAGGAACGCGUGCUAUCGGGAGACAGCAGCCAUAUUAAUUGCAUGCAGUGCCCAGUAUAUGAAACCAGAUGUAGUCACUGCAAAACAAGUUGAGGAGGUUUAUCUGGCACUCCAGGACCUUCAGGGCGAUUGUGAAGCGUCUGUGGCCAAGGUUGCCGUUGAGUCUAUGGAGGAAGUGUUUCGACAUUGUGGCCAUCGCAUUAACCCGAACCUCGUUCCCAGCCAGCUCCUCACCACGCUAGCCAGAAACAUAUCCAAACAGUCCUCUGAGAGCAAGCAGUGAUGCCUCCACCCCAGCAUGGUCUUGGGGGAAAGCAGGCAAGCAAGAGGAGAAUUCUUGCAUCUGAGGACCAUGAAGGAAAGUCAUGGAAGGACCUGGCAGGGCGACUCUGGAAACAGCCAUUGGAGAAGGCCAGGACAGUUACAGAGAGCAAACUGCAAGACUGUCACCGAGCCACCCGCAUAAUGGAGAAGGACUGUGGCAACCACCAAGCUGAUGGCCAUGUUGCCAACAUCCAGAAGAUCUCUGCAUUGGUUGGUCUUCCAGCAGAAAUAGGAACCUGUAGGAUAAGGUAGAUGCAGAGAGCUGAGCACUCAACUGGUGGGAGAUCAGAUCUCCUCAAAAAGGUUCUCAUUAUCAACAAACAGCAUUAAAUAAAAACCU